GAAGUAAAUUGUGACACAUUCGUUAACAUUUUUACAAGGGAAGAUCUUGACGUCAAUCAGAAAAGGAGGGCUAACCGUCAAUCAGAACACGAACAAAAUCGUUUUCAUAGUUCUGUCGACAUCGUCAUGGUUGUGAAUACGGUGAUUUAUCAGUUUCGUAUGGAUGUUAUUGACCAAGGAUUGUAGAUAGUGUCGUGUCCGUUCAAAUCAUUGUACUAACUUGCCGUGAUACAUAUCAUUACUAUAAUUGUGACAUCGUUAAUGGGAUUAACUUAUUCUAUGAAAUAAUGCCGGAGUUUUUAGACGCACCACGUCUGGUAAAGAUUGCUGCUAUUUUAGAAGUAGCUGCUUUCGUAAUCAACGUUAUUGCCUUUUCAACGCCAUAUUGGCGUUCUGUCCACUUUGAAGAGUUCCGUUUAUAUGACGACCAGGGAACUCGGCUUGAGACCGCCAUUGCUAUUCAAGGUUUCGAUGAAGGACUAUGGCGACGAUGUAUCAAUAGUAUUUGUGCUGAUAUAGAUGUGGCCGGAAGAGAUUGGUUACAAGCUGUCCGAGCCUUUGAGAGUAUGGGUCUCCUGGGGUCAUGUAUUGCCAUAACAACGUUACUUUGCUACAUAUUCAAAUCAGACUUCAGACAGAGGUUCUUAAUAUUCCUUGUGUCAGCCAUUUCUAGCAUUGUCACUGGUGGAUGUAUUUUGCUGUCGGUUCUUAUCUACGGUAUUUCUAUCAAGAUAUCCCUGUCCUGGUCAUUUGCCCUGGCCGUGGUCAGUGGUGUUAUUUUUGGAAUUUCUGGAGCUUUACUACAAGGCACAUUCAUCAAGGAGGCAAAAGAACCAAUCUAAACGAGGCAUUGACGUCUGAAAAUUAUUCAAUUGAGAUGGUGACCAGGCAAAGUCAACAGUUAGGUGUUAGAAGUGUAUAUAUAUCAUGGUUCUGACGAAGUAUAUGAACAGAUAUCAUCGUGACGUCCUAUAGACACCUGUCAGUUAUCUAUGUUUUAUGUUCUUUACUUGUUUCCUAAGUUUCUUAAGCUUCUGGACCCCUCAUCCUGGUCAAGCACUUUAUUCAGUGCCAGGCUGAGCUGACAUAUAAACGGAAUAUGAUACUAGAUGUCACAAAUGUAAUUCAAUUUAGAAAUA